AAACCUUUGGUUAGCGUUUUUAAAAUCUACAUUUCCGUUCUAUUUACAGGUCUUGGACUCACCUCGGAGUACAUCAACGCUUGUAAUGCCAUCGGAGAUCUGCACCCGGCGAACUCACUUGCCAGCGCUGAUUUCCACUUCAGUAUCGAUGCCGCCAGUCGUCUCAACAGUCCUCGACCCGGAAGCAUACGGGCAAGCGUUAGUCGCAAACGUGCGCUAUCGUCGUCGCCGUAUUCGGACUCAUUCGACAUCAGUUCGAUGAUACGUUACUCCCCGAACUCACUGGCAUCGCUGGUCAAUGCAUCACGCAGCAGCAGUGCCAGUGGAUCGUACGGCCACUUGUCAGCCAGUGCCCUCGGACCGGCCCUCGGAGUUCACAGUGCAAUGCCACCACAUUUGCAGCACUUGCUGAGGAGUAGUGGAUUCCUGCACUCACUGCCAGGGCACCAUCCGCCGACGGCUAGUAUGUUCUCGCUGCCACCACACCAUCCACUACAUCCGGGACAUUCCCUGACGAAGCCACAGGAAAUCACCGAUCUCUCGAGCAAAAAGCCAGAACAACCGCACUCCACAAACCACGUGACACGCGUGGAAGCGGACAGUGCCAGCAAUGCCCAGCAGAAGAAAUCGCGCAUCAAACGGGAACCGUCGCUGCACAUCCCGAUGCACAAGGGAAGCCCACCGAACGGUUCAGCAAUGAUUACCUCCAACCAUCAGCUCAGUCCGACCUCCACUCAGGGUAUGACGAACGGGACGACCACCUCAACGGCAGCUACCUCCACCACGCACAAUGGAGCGCACGGUUUGAAUCUCAGUCCGAUGCACAUUAUGGACAGCCAUGGGAUGUGCGGUUCCAAGGUGGACUCAACCGAUCCGAAAGACGAACCGGGAGAUUUCAUCGAAACCAACUGCCACUGGCGAGACUGCUCGCUGGAAUUCAACACUCAGGACGAACUGGUGAAGCACAUCAACAACGAUCACAUCCACGCGAACAAGAAAUCGUUCGUCUGCCGAUGGGAUGACUGUUCCCGAGACGAAAAACCCUUCAAGGCCCAGUAUAUGUUGGUGGUGCAUAUGAGAAGGCACACGGGCGAGAAGCCGCACAAAUGCACGUUUGAAGGCUGCUGCAAGGCAUACUCCAGACUGGAGAAUCUCAAAACUCACCUGCGGUCUCACACCGGUGAAAAACCGUACACCUGUGAAUAUCCGGGUUGCAGCAAAGCAUUCAGUAAUGCUUCCGAUCGAGCCAAGCACCAGAACCGCACUCACAGCAAUGAGAAACCAUACGUUUGUAAAGCACCCGGAUGCACCAAACGAUACACGGACCCAAGUUCCCUCCGGAAGCACGUCAAAACGGUUCAUGGGGCCGAAUUUUACGCCAACAAAAAGCACAAGGGUAACGGGCAUCAUGGCGGAAGUGGUGGAGGCCACGGAAGCGGCGGGGAUGGUGGAGAUGAUGGGGAAGGUUCGAACCAUAUGUUCGACGGAAGUCCACGAAGCGAAGAUAUGCAAAGUGGCAAGACGACGAGCAUGAGCAGUCCCAGCAUCAAAUCGGAAUCGGAUGCCCACUCGCCUGGACAACCACCGAUAAACAGUCCGAUGUCCAUUUCCGCUCUUACCGCGGGACUGGUGGAUGACUAUGACGGCAGUAGCAUGCAGUUGGGUAGCCUUGCAGCGAUUGACGAUCCAGCUUGGCCGUAUGUUGAUGAGGAUCUUGAGGUUGCUGAUCUUCCGUAUGUUCUGCGUGAAAUGGUUGACAUGGGAGGUCCUACGUCAGCAGCCACAACUGGAACACGUGCAGGAGCUCCGAGGAAUCGGUUCAAGAAUCGCAUCAACAAUAAGGGCUCGCUGAUGAGCAACAUGUUGUCCAACAUCCCGGAGAUCAACAACUACCGUAACAACUUCGGAUUGGGUGAACUGAACCGACGGAUCAUCGAUCUCAAGAUGGAACCGGGAACGACUCCUCCCCCACAGCCAUCACCGAUAUCCAAGAACUGUCAGACUGAUUUGGGUCAACUAAGACCACCGACUGGUCCGUCGCCGUCGUGUACGAAUGCGAUGAUGACGAACACUUAUCUUAACCCCGGCCAGCUACGUAGAGACAGUAACAAUAGUACAACCAGUAGCUCGUACUACAGUAUGCGAUCGGCAGACAUUAGCCGGCGGAGUAGCCAAGCCUCCCAGCAGAGCUCGAUAUCCACUAUGCGUCCUACCAGUUACUACAACUCGUCGUUUUACGAUCCGAUCUCACCGGGAAGCUCCAGGCGAUCCAGUUCGAUGUCUACGGCUACGAAUGGAGGUCAGAGUUUACCUCCUCCUCCGUCUUCUCACUUGAUCUCGACGCACCUGCAACGAUUCAAUCAGGGUUCGAUGGGCAAUCAGGCAGCUGGAUCAUCACGACAUUCAAUUCCUAACAAUAUGAGUGGUGGAAGCUUUUACCAUCAACAGCAGAUGUUAGGACAGAUGGAUCGUAGAAUGUCCGAACCAGUAACAGCAAACCAACAGGGUUCGGUCGGAGUAGUGGUAGGAUCUCAGUUCGGGACAGGAUUCGGUGGAUCUUCACGACCGCUCUCAGGAGCUCCAAAGAGCAGUACGAUAACCUCCGGAGCCGUGGCCAAAGCUCACGCACCUCAAGCUGGCAAGCUCCACCCUAACCAGGAGGUUGUGCUGGACGAGGUCGAAGAAGGUGAAAUGGUCGAAAACAAACUAGUGAUUCCGGAUGAAAUGUUGCAGUAUCUGAACCAAGUUGCAGAUCAGGAGAGUAAAAUAACCGUACCGCAGGGUAUGUCAACACCGAAUUCAGCUGCCGCAGACAACGCAGGCCCAUCUGGUUGGAAUCCUAGUGAUAAUUCUCCCCCAGCAUAUUCCGGAAACUCGACACUUCAGAAGCAACCGGCUUCCUUCAACCAGGCGCAAUCUAAUUUGAACAAUGUGUUGUUGAGUCCCCAAUCGCAAUACAGCAACGACGACUGCAGUCUUAUGAGUAAUGUGAUGUCUCCGCAGACACCACAACACCAGAUGAUGUCUCCGAUGAUGCCAGAGAGUGCUGCUGCACCGUUGACACCGCAGCAAUCAACACCGGUUCAGUGUCAAGCGCAACAUUUCAACCGUCAACAAGGCUUCAAUUUCCCCCAGAAUCAACCACCUCAGUUACGACAGAUUGCCUGUUCGAAUUUGAUUGGUUACUUCCAUCGUACCGAUCAAAGCGCCCAUCACUGCUGUCUGGCAAUGAUGAUGCAAGGAGCACUCAACAUUAAUCCUUCAUCUGGACCGGGAGGCACCAACAACGGCAAUCCUCAACAGUACAAAAAUCCCUUCAGUAAUCACUUCAACUCUAAUUUUUCUGCCGCUUCACAACAACCAGCUUCCUCAGUUCCAACUGCCCAACCACCUCAUCCGGUGGAUAUCGAAAUUCAAUGCGGAGAUAUCAGUCAAUCUCAGAUGUCUCCGGCGGUGGCCACUCUUGCUACCGCACACCCUUCAACAAGCAGCCCCAAUCGCCAUACUACCCCACAGCAACCUACCAAACCUAUGAAGAGUAGUCUACAGACACCUCCACUUCCGUCGACUCCCACCGGAUUCGGAAAUAUAGCCCCAGCUGCCGCAACUGUCCCCACCGGAAUCGCUCCAACAGCAACAGUUGCAACGACGGCAGCAGCAGCAGCAGCUCCACCACCAACAGCCGCAUCAACAGUAGCCGGAACACAGUCGACCAUGGGUUCGGACACCUAUCAGCGAACCCUAGAAUACGUUCAAAACUGCCAAAACUGGGUAGAAUCAGCCGCGGACAUGGUCAGUAGCAGUACUCAUCCAGCAGUGGUAGCAGGUGCCAGUGCCGCAGCAGCUGCCACUGCCUCCAACCUGAUCAUCAAUGACAUGAGUACGUCACUCAGUUCUUACUUCGAGGAGGAUCGCUACCUGCAGAUGAUUCAGUGAGGAGUGACAAAACUUGAAAUUAUUUGUUUUUUUCUUCUCUCUAUUGUUUCUUAAACUCAUUGGUUGAGACUUACUCUGUUCAGAAGUUUUGUAGCGAAGAAAUAGUGAUCGGUUUAGUGUGUAAUGUUCUCAGUGAUCAUACGUAGCGAAAUGAAAGCGUCGAUUUCAUUCGGUUUGUAGAAAAUUCUAGCCAUUAAGAACCAGCGAUCAGCGUAGAUAUGUAAGAUCAGUGACAGCAUUUUCUUAGCUCUAUAAGUUCCCCCGCCCUUCUCCUCUGUGAAACACAAAGACGAUAGAUUUCCUUCAAUUGUAUGUUUCUAUGUUUAACUUUGAUCGUGUCUUCCUAUAGGAUCAUAGAAUUAGGAUUUAUCUAUUUUACACCGCUUCGGUAAGUGACUUCAAUCGAAAUAAAGUAUAGAUUACAGAGUGCCGUGAGAGGACAUUUUUUUCUGUCCUCUUUCGAGAACGGUUCCCGUGUAGACAAAACGACAGUUGUCAGAGAUUUAACGAAAAAAAGAGCCUUUAAUAGUACCUUAAUAAUAGGUCGAUUUAUUUUUUUUUUUAUGUAAAAAAAAAGAAUUGUUUUAGUACACCAUUCUGUACAUAACUGUCUCGAUUAUUAGACUUUAAAAAGAUUUAAGACACUCGGAAAAUAA